AUGAGAUGUAUUCUAAUAAAGCCUUUCCCCCUAAAUAUCGUAUAUUAUAGAGUAAUUGAUAAAAAGUUUAUAAAUUUUGGCAUUUUUAGACUAAACAAGUACAGUAUAAAGAGUGAAACACAGAAAUCUAAGAGUUUUGGACCUAAAAAUUUAAAUUUGUCCAAAAAAGAUACUGAUACAAACACUGCCAAGAUAUCCGUGUUAUUACACAAACCAUACGGAUACAUGUCAACAUAUAGCAAAAACUCACAAAAGUGGUCUAAAAAUCUAUUGAUAAAAGAAAACAGAUCGGAUAACGACAUUCAAACUGGGUUGGAGCCUUGUAAACUUAAUAAAAUCGUUCCCAUUAGUCCUUUGGAAGUUAAGUGUAGUGGGUUGUUGAUUUAUUCCCAGGAUAAAUCACUAUUUAAUAAAUUUUCUGAUUGUGAAGAGGAGUUUUACGUAGUUUUUAAAGACAAAGUAACUGAUUACAAGCUGAGGUUUUUAACUGGUGAGAUAUUUCUGGACGGGUGUUCAGUUGGGCAUGUUUUAGUUAAGGAUCAUUCUGAAAAAAGCGCUUCAAUAAGUUUCAAAGGCUCAUCAGUUAAAUUAAGGAAGAUCUGCCUGUUGGCUGGCCUCGAAAUAAAAACUCUGAAAAGAACCAGAAUCUCAAAUAUUAAGCUUGGAUCACUUUCUCUUGGUGAAUGGAGACUUAUUAGACCAUACGAACUUACAUGA